AUGCCUCUUGGAGCUCGAAAAAAAAAGUCUCAAACUCAUCUGUCGGCUCAUAAUCUGGAAGAUCCUCAUACACUUAUUCUAGACUGCCAAUAUCUCAGAUUUCUACAAUCACUCGAUCAAAAACAAACGGAUAUAGCUAGUGUCAGUCGUCCUCUGACGUUGACCGAUGUGUUAUUGCAUGAUUUGAUGCGAGGACGUUGCAAUUUUCUUCAGAAACCGCAUCCUGAGUACUACAACUUCCCGAAACAUUUCGAAUGGUCCACUGCCACAGCCGCUUUUCAGAUAGAAGGCGCCGCACGAGAAGAUGGUCGUGGACCCUCUGUGUGGGAUGAAUACACGAGAAAACCAGGGAAGAUAAAAGACAAUUCAACGGCAGACGUAGCAUCUGACAGUUACCACAAGUUCCGAGAAGAUAUUCAGUUGAUGAAGUCUCUUGGUGUGACCCAUUACCGAUUUUCUCUCUCUUGGCCUCGGAUCUUUCCGACUGGCGUCGGCAAGACAAACCCCAAGGGAGUAAAGUACUACCACGAUGUCAUCGAUGCUCUUCUCGAAAAUGGCAUUAAACCAAUGAUAACUCUCUACCACUGGGACCUUCCGUUGGCUCUUCAUGAUCAAGGCGGAUGGUUGAAUCGGGAUAUUGUAAAGUGGUUCCGCCUUUACGCUGUUUUCUGUUUCAAAGAAUAUGGCGAUAAGGUACACGCUACAAGGUUUUUUGAAUUAAACAUUAUUCUCCACUCGGUACAAAAAAAAAGGUAG